UUGGGGAGACCAGGGCGGUCGCGGAGGGCGGGGCUGUGGCGGCGCCGUGACCUGCUGGCGAUUGUCGCCUGUCGGGCAGUCCCCGCGGUUUCCCAGCCAGUUGUCUCUGGCGCCUCUUAGCUGUGGGGCUUUUGCGCCGCGGGGCAGGCGGGGUGUAGGGUCAGGGCAGAGAGGGAGGCCUGAGCCGGCAGGUGAGGUGUGAGCGCGCAGCGGCUGCCUUCGCCGGCCUUGUCGGUGUCCUGGUGGUCGUUUGAGCGCUGAGGUAACACUGGGUGUUAUUCAGAUUUUGAUUAUUAGCCUUAAGUUUUCCCCAGAUCAUUAUGUACCCACAUUAAAUGUACCUAAAGGCUUCAAACUCCUGGCUUCUCCAGCAGGAAGAAAGAAAAAAAAAAUAGUAUAUAUUUAUAUAUAUAUGGGUAUGUGAACAUUAGUUAAAGGCUGUAUGUCAACCCUUGCCACUUCAGUGAGAUAUAGUGGUUUAAUUGGCUUAAUGCAUUGUAGAUUUUAAUUGUAACCGUAAGGAACUGCAGCUUGCCUUUCCUGCUCCUCUUCCCCCAUUCUAUUACAAAAUUGAAAUAAAGGAACAGUUGAUUGCAUUCAUCAUGUUUGGGAACGUGCCCUCAGCAGUCAGCCAAGUCAGAAUGUGGUCGUGGAUCGAAUUUUCUCUGGUAUUCAGCCAACUGGGACACCUCAUCUGGGUAACUACCUCGGAGCCAUUCAGAACUGGGUGAAUCUGCAGGAAGAGUGCAGCUCUGUGUUGUAUAGCAUUAUGGACAUGCACUCUCUCACCAUGCCCAAAGAGCCAGCUGUCCUGCGCCAGAACAUACUGGACACCACUGCUGCCAUCCUUGCCUGUGGUAUUGACCCAAAGAAGUGUUUCCUGUUCCGACAGUCACUGGUUCCUGAGCAUGCAGAACUUGCAUGGAUUCUUGGAUGCUUAACUAAUGUGCCACGUUUGCUACGCUUGCCCCAGUGGAAGAUGAAGCGUGCCAGCCAGAAUAAUGAAGGAACUGUUGGUUUGUUGACUUACCCUGUGCUUCAAGCAGCAGAUAUUUUGCUGUACAAGUCAACACAUGUUCCCGUUGGAGAAGAUCAAGUCCUGCACCUGGAACUAGCCCAAGAUAUAGCACAACAUUUCAACAAGAAAUACGGAGAAUUCUUUCCUGUGCCCAAAGCCAUUUUAAGUACAACAAAGAAAAUAAAGUCUCUCAGAGAUCCAACAGUGAAGAUGUCCAAGUCAGACCCACAGAAGUUAGCAACUGUUAACAUAGCGGACAGCCCUGAUGAAAUAGUGCUGAAGUUCCGCAAAGCUGUCACUGACUUUACCUCUGAGGUGACUUAUGAUCCAGCUGGUCGCCCUGGUGUCUCCAAUCUGGUGUCUAUUCAUGCUGCAGUAACGGGGCUUAGCAUCAAAGAAGUGCUGCACCAAUCUGCUGGUCUCGACACCGCUCACUACAAAAUGGUGGUAGCAGAGUCAGUUAUUCAAAAAUUUGCACCUAUCAGGAAUGAAAUCAAGAAACUCCAGGAAGACAAAUCUCAUCUGAUAAAGGUUUUAAAUGAAGGAGCAGAGAAAGCCAAAGAACUGGCUGCCCCCAUCUAUCAAGAAAUAAGACAUCUGGUGGGAUUUCAAUAGAAACUGCUGAGUAGUUGCAAGGACUUUUUAUUUCCUGGGACAGAUAUUUUCGUUUUUGUAUCUUCUUAAUCAUUUUGCUUUGAAACAAAAACUUUUUCCUGGAAAAUCCAAGUAGAACAUGGAAGGUGUUUGCAUUUAAAAAUGUGUAUGAAGCCAGAUAUUUCCAGUGGGACCAGCAUUGAACUUGUCUGGAUAAGCAAAGACAGAGUGCAAAAGCAGUCAUCAUUCACAAAGAAAGCUGCAAAAGCAGAAUAUAAAAUUGCCCAAAUGGGGUUUGGGUUUUACCAUUGACUGCUGCAAGAAGCUAAGGUAUAGGCAAGCUGAUCAGAAUCUAACAGAAAGAUUUGUAAUCUCAAGAACAUGCUUACCUGUGCAUGUGGUCUUGUUACAGAUGGACAACUCCUCCCAUUGGUAGUUACUCAGCAUUGAUAUGAUGGUUGAAUGUGUUCUUGGGUAACCAGAAUAAAAGCACAGGCUUACAAAUCAAAA